AUGCCUGAAGGCGAUUUGUGGUCUUCACUGGUCACUGCCAUCGAUCCUGCCAAUAUCAAAGCCAUGCCGGCGGUCCUCCAAUCAACCAUCAACCUUUUGGAAACAGAGCUGGCCAAAGCGAGGGCCGCUCUCAAGGAAAUCCAGCCAAAUGUGGCUCCCAUUUUCAUGGUCAGGGAUGACCUGGCCGUCGGUGCUGUCGCCGCAUACCGUCAGAAUCUCAUCGGUCGUGCUCCCGACUUCUAUUACGGCACUCGACGACUGACCCACAAGGAGCUGGGCCUCGUUCCCGUCGUCCAUGAGGUGCAGGUAGAUUCUGAGGAAGACGCGCUUACUGAGGAUGAGUCCCCAUGCAUCGUGACUGUCAUCCCACCAAAGCGAGCAUCUCUCGCCGAUGUCCUGUCGAACAGCCUGAUUCUGGAUCAUAUGGCCCCUCACCUGUCCAUCUCCGGGCUAUUAGCCCUGGCGUCCACCUGCCGCCUCCUCCGCUCGGUGGUCAUGGAGACCCCUUACGUCUUUCGGCAUCUCGAUCUAAGUCAAUGCCGCGGCGCACAGCUGCAAGACACCGCAGCUGUCAAUUCUGGAGACUCCAUCACAGAGGACGAGUACUACUCAGCUCCUCUCCGGAGUAUCUUCGCAAAUCUGCAACACAGAUCCCUCCUGAAGGACGUGCGCACACUGAUCUUGGACGGCCUGUCCGUGCCAGCGGAUCUCAUUGCAGACAUUGUGUUAGCAGAUCGGUUCAAUGUGAACAUUCUGUCCAUCCGAGGGUGUCGUCAUUUGAAUGAACGCAAACUCAUGCAGGUCCUCCAAUAUGCAGUGCGUCCCACGCGCCCUCAAGGAACCCCACGAGUGAAAGGCAUCUACUUCUUUACACCCCCGAGCCAGCCCCAAGCUGCAGUACGAAGCAGAUACCGCGACUGGUGGAGUUCAAGCUGUGUUGGCCAAGAAUCAGUGCCAGCAAAGGCCUCAGCUAGCCACCACGACCAACCAAUCGAGCCCCACCAACAGAAUGCUUGGUACACGCCAUCCGGCAAGUUGCUCAAGAGGAGUAUCGAGGAAGGCUGGGCGCAGACAAUCCAAAAAUGCCGGGGGAUCAUCGCUUUUGAUGCGAUGCUGUGUCGUGGACCAAGGCACAACUCCAGCUCAAUGUCCAUGAACCAGGAUGAAUCUCAAGAGAGUGAUCGCUUGCUUGGCCCAGCGAUUGCCACUGUUGCGCUGGGGCCCAAGGGCUGCGAGGGCUGCCAUAGCUCGCCUGAAGGCCCAGCAGUUUGGGGCCAAUCUCCCGAGGAGGACUUUCCUCUGCUGGCUCCCGUUCCAUUCCAUUCAUCGUCCAUCGCGGUGGCCAGGCGACCCGCCCUUUUCCCGGGCGAACAUCGUACUUUGAAUGCCCGUUGUACAGACUGUCUCACCGACCGCUGGUGUCAUCGCUGCAACAAAUGGUUUUGCGCCAGUUGCUUGCCGAACCCGCAGCAUGUGAAUCUCAAUCUCACGCCACAUCAGACUGCAAUGAGAGGCCCGCUCGGGAACAAUGAUUCCCAGGUAAGGAUGAUGUGA